AGCUAUGAGUCUAACUGCAGCAGCGAGUGGAUUAGUCGUCUUCCUGCUCUCUGGGUCAGGUUACUCAGAUCUCCAGGUGCAGGUGAGCAGAUCAGGAUCGUCUACUCUCCUUCAGUGUCUCAACAGUUGUCCACCUGGUCAUACUUCUUACAUCUGGUUUAAGAACGGACAGGAAGUGAAGGAAGACACAUCUCCUUAUGCAGACUUCAGUUAUGGUUCAGCAGACAGUUAUUCCUGUGCUCUGAAGGGACUUGAGGACUUCCCCUCUCUUUCAGUGUAUGCUCCAAAGCCUCCCUCUGUGUCCGUGAGUCCCUCUGCUGAGAUAGAGGAGGGCAGUUCAGUGACUCUGACCUGUAGCAGUGAUGCUAACCCAGCAGCUAACUACACCUGGUACAAGGGAGACUCUCCAAAAGCUUCAGGACAGAUCUUCAACAUCACUGACUUCAGAGCUGAACACAGUGGGAGUUAUUCCUGUGGAGCCCAGAACAAGUUAGGACGUCGUUACUCCACCUUUCAUCAGAUUGGUGUUGUGGCAGAGAAACACCGCUGUGUUACCUGUGUGUUCUCUGUUGAUCUCUGUUUCUCAGGAGGAUCAUGGAAGCUACCAGCUGCUGCUGCUGUAACAAUCCCUGUUGUUCUCCUGGCUGUCACAUCUCUCUCUGUCUUCCUGUGGAUCAGAAGAAAGAGGGCUUUUAGAGACUCGUCUGAGCCUGAAGAGAGAGCGGACACCAGGGAAGAGCCGGAGCAACAGGAUGACCUUCAGUAUGCCAGCGUUCACUUCUCCAACAGCCGGGCGGACCCUCUUUACUCCAACAUGAGAGCAGCUCGGCCCCUCGGACACACGGAGCAGCAGGAGGUCCCGGAGUACGCUGCCAUCAAGUUCAGCUGUGCUGCCCCGAGGACCAGAGGGCAGGACUCUGGAGAGGAUCCAGCUGCAUUUUCCAGCACGGUCAACAAAUCCCACUGAACACAGCAGGCGUUGCUUUUGAAGGAUGAUACUUCUGUUUUUUAACGAUCACAUUUCUAUGUACACAGGGUAAUAUGGAUUUAUUAAAUACAUGUCUCAGGGUGGACCUCUCCAAGAAUGAGGCGAUGAGUUUUCAGCCAUUCAUCUGAAUGGCUCAAAUGUAAAGAUGUUGUUAAGUAUUUCACAGCUUAAUUACUGAAUUGUAAAUAUUUCUUGUGUAACAUGAUUUUUGCCGCAAAAAAAUUAUAAAAUGUAGAGAUGUUGCAACAAGGGAUCUGAUCCCUAACUGCUGGCUUGAUGGAAAAUGUAGAUAAAGAGGUAUAAUUUACUGAUACAAACCUAUUUCCAUUGUUUUAUACAUUUAUCUACUUUAUUCAAAUAAUAUUUCUUUACAAUGUUCUUCUUCUUGUCUAGACUGAAAUAUCAACAACUACUUGUUGGAUUCAUUCCAAAUUCCUAAAUACAUGUAGCUAUUGAAAAGCACAUUGGGAUAUUGGAGAGGAACAUGCGUUUGCUGAUGCAGUUGCAGUUUCAUUCUGCUGCCACUAGGUUUCAGUAAAGAGCCGUAUUUCACUGAUGGAAAACAAUUACCAAGAGCCUGUAAAGUAAAUGUCUCUUUGGUGUGUGUACAGUGGCGUUUUCUCCUGGAGGCCAAGGGCCCCUGUUUUUUUGGAUUGUAGUUAU